AUGAUGGGCCUUACAUCCACGAUUGUCAGAGCUAUACUCUCUGCAGCCAUCAUCUCGCCCGUUCUAGCGAUUAACGAAAAUGAAUUUGCUCCGAACGAUAUCAUCAUCCGCGACGUCUGUAUCCUUGGUGGAGGUGCAACUGGCACAUAUGCUGCCGUGAGUCUGAAGGACAAAGCCAAAAGCGUGGUAGUUGUUGAGCGUCAUGAAAUCCUCGGUGGCCACACUGAAACCCUCUAUACCGACAACGAUCAGUACAUCGACUACGGCGUCGAGGGGCUUUUCGAUAACGAACUGAGUCGAAAUUACUUCAACCGCCUUGGUGUUGACUACAAACUGCUUCUCCCGAACACCCUAGUUAAUCAGUACGUGGACUUCAAAACCGGCAAGAAGGUGUCUCCUCCCGCCGGACUCCUCGACACAGCUGCGGCCGCGGUCCUGUACCGGAAAGCUAUCCAGAAGUAUAGUUAUCUCCAGGACGGGUUAUAUAACCUGCCUGAUCCUGUGCCGGACGAACUCCUACGUCCCUUUAGCGAAUUCGUCGAGGAAACCGGCAUCCAAAGCGCCCUGCAAUUUAUCUUCAUGUUCUCCCACAACUUGGGGAAUGUCCUUGAAACACCCCUUCUUUACGUCCUGCAGUCCAUUGGCAUCCCGCAUAUCGAUGCUCUGCUCGAAGGCGGCUACAUCACUCCGAAAGCUGGCAUGUAUCAACUAUAUGAGAAGGCGUCUGAAGUGUUAGGAUCCGACGUUAUUUACCAGUCCACUGUUAAUGAAACCGAGCGAUCCGACUCUGGCGUCAAGAUCGUUGUGCAAGGCGCAAACGGUGCCCGCAAACUCAUCAAGGCCAACCAGCUUCUUGUCACCUUCGUUCCCUACAAGGACAACUUGCAAGGUUUCGACCUCGCCACGACUGAAUCCUCAGCAUUUGGAAAGUGGGACUGGAAGGGAUACUAUGUUGCGGUUGUCAACAACACUGGAAUUCCGAAUGCCGUGACGGUCCUCAACACUGACCCUAGCAAUAACACCCCGGGCAACCUUCCUCUUCCACCGUUCCAGUGGGCACUACAGUAUCUAGGUGCAAACGGGUAUCUAGCCAGUAAGAUCGUUGGGGAUAAGAGCCUGACUGAGGGGCAGGCGAGAGAGCUCGUCCUCUCUGAUAUCCGCCGGAUGGGAACUGCAGGAACGUAUCCCGGGGGUGACCCAGAGAUUGUUGCAUUUGGAAGCCAUGUGCCGGAGACACUAACAGUGUCUAACGCGGAGAUUCGGGACGGGUUCUACAAGAAGCUGUAUGCACUGCAGGGCACCAAGAAUACGUUUUACACGGGCUUCGCCUUCUGCUCGGAUCAUUCGGCUUUGUUGUGGGCUUAUACAGAGACUGUUGUUCAGAAAAUGAUUUCUUCAUAA